CCCUCUUUGACGUCGACGAAGACAGCCAACAAACAGUGUGUGCGCGAUUCGUACGAAAACAUGCCGAGCCAAUCCACCCUGACAAAGGCCAAUGAGAGCGUCCAGCUCGAAGCCUCGGAGCGUGCCGUCGUCUCAGGCGGCACGCAGGGCGUCGGGGCGGGCAUCGCACUGCGCUUUGCCCUCUCUGGCGCGUCGGUCUGGAUCGUGGGACGUUCCGAGGAUAAGGCGGAGGCCUUGCUAGAGAAGCUGCGGGCGGCCAGCGACGAAGCCCAGAGAAGGCGAUCUACACAGCAGCAGCAGACACAGGCCGACCACGCCUUCUUCAAAGCCGAUCUGAGCAGUGUCAAGGAGAACCAUCGCAUCGCAGCUGAGAUCUCGCGCAGGGCCGGCUCACGGGGCGUGGAUUGGCUCUUUGAGUGUCAGGGUGGCCCACCGCCGCUCUCAUCGACAAAGACGCCUACUGGCCUCGACGCCCACUUUGCCGUCCAGUGCCUCUCGCGCUUCACGCUGGCACAGACGCUCCUCGAAGCAAAGACGAUCAGGCGGGGCGUCUGCAUCAUCGCGUCGCCCGGUAUGGGCAGCAAGACGGCGCUGGACGUCGACGAUCUGGACCUGAGCAAGGCGCGUGAGGCCGGCAAGCUCUGGGCCCCGCUGGGCCUCCUCAGAACGGGCCAGCGCGACUCGAGCAUCCUCGACGCCGUAACGCAGAGGUGGGCCGAGGAGCACCCCAACAUGGUCUUUUCCCAUCUCUUUCCCGGGAUCGUCGCCACGGACGGGGCCAAGAAUGCCGGUUUCCCCUGGCCCAUUCCGCAGCUGUUCAGCGUCGUGCAAAAGCUGCCGCUCCUUACCUCGUCGCCACUCCCGGGAGGAUACGCAGAGGUACCCUUCUACCUCUACGCCAACUCCGAGGGACAGCGCUACCAGCGGACAGGCGAGGCGAACCUUUAUAGCCCCAGCCUCAAACGCUUGACCUUGAGUGCCAAUACCUCAACAAAGGAAGCCCGCCAGACCAUCUUCGACAAGCUCAAGCAGCUCGAGUCGUCGCAUGCCUAGCGAUAGCGGGC